CUCCACCAUGCAUGUUACCGAAAGCGGCGCCGUCAACAGCGGGCGACGGGACUCGGCGCCUGGCACGCUGGCUCAGCCGCGGUCCUCAGUCUGCUCUCAAGGCUGAGGGGGAAAGGUCAGCUUCUGCUCCGGGAAUUGGCCACCGCACUUGAUUCAGGAUGAUGCCCGGCGGGACGUCCGAGCUGAAGCCGUUUUCCGAGGAGGUCCAGCAACUCCUCGAAGCUGUCAAGGGUGAGUUGGAAGAGAAAAUGGAGAGAAAAUUGGACAAGUUCUUGCUGGUGUCCUACAAGACGCAGUUGGUCGCAGGGACCAACUACUUCGCCAAGAUUGACAUCGGAGGGGAGGAACUCGUGCACUUGCGUGUGUACAUGAAUCUGCAAGGAGAGGUGUCGCUGCAUUCCCACCAGCAUCCGAAAACCCGCGAGGAGGAUAUCCAGUACUUUUGAGUCCCGGAGGAUUUCCUGGUGUUUGGGGCUGCUUGGUAGGAAAAUUGGCCCCCCGUUUACAUUAAUUGGCUCCCUGUUAACAUUUGUAAUGUAGUCUUUAGCUUUCAACAUAAUUUUGUUAUAAAGCAAGUUUUAUCAUGUAUUGGAAAUUAUACUUAUUAAACUUAAUAACAGAUAUUGUAUGAUGUAAGAACACUUGAUAAACCGCACAUGAAA